AUGAGUGACGCUCAGGCAAAUGAGGCCGAGAAGAAUAUCGAGAUUUGGAAGGUGAAAAAAUUGAUUAAACGUCUCGAAGCUGCGCGUGGAAAUGGAACCUCGAUGAUUUCUCUUAUUAUUCCGCCAAAGGAUCAAGUCUCCCGUGCGGCGAAGAUGUUGGCAGAAGAAUACGGUACCGCAUCGAACAUUAAGUCUCGUGUGAAUCGUCAAUCCGUUCUUUCUGCUAUCACUUCGACCCAACAAAGACUGAAGUUGUAUAACAAAGUCCCGCCAAAUGGCUUGGUCGUAUACUGUGGUGAAAUCCUAACGUCGGAAGGGAAAGAAAGGAGGGUCAACAUCGAUUUCGAGCCCUUCAGACCCAUUAACACAUCUCUCUACCUUUGCGACAACAAAUUUCAUACAGAAGCUCUCGCCGAAUUGUUGGAAGACGACCAAAAGUUCGGCUUCAUCAUUAUGGAUGGAAAUGGCGCACUCUUCGGUACAUUGAGUGGAAACACUAGAGAUGUUAUUCACAAAUUUUCUGUUGAUUUGCCAAAGAAGCACGGUCGUGGUGGACAAUCUGCUCUUCGAUUUGCGCGUCUUCGCGAGGAGAAGCGUCACAACUACGUCCGAAAGGUUGCCGAAUUAGCGGUACAAAACUUCAUCACAACAGAUAAGGUUAACGUAGCUGGUAUUAUCUUGGCCGGUUCUGCGGAUUUCAAGAACGAUCUCAACCAGUCAGACUUGUUUGACAACCGUUUGGCAACAAAGGUUAUCAAGGUUGUUGAUGUUUCUUAUGGUGGGGAGAAUGGAUUCAACCAGGCUAUCGAGCUUUCAGCCGAGACACUUAGCAAUGUCAAGUUCAUUCAAGAAAAGAAGCUCAUCGGAAAGUACUUUGAGGAGAUCAGUCAAGACACAGGACGGAUCUGUUACGGUGUUGAGGAUACUUUAAAGGCUUUAGAACUUGGCGCUGUCGAAAUUUUGAUUGUUUUCGAGAACCUCGAGAUCAAUCGCUGGGUUCUGAAGGACAGCAAUGGUGUUCAAACAACUCUCCAUACUACCAAGAAGACUGAGGCCUCAAACCGAGAACAGUUCAUGGAUAAGGAGACUGGUCAAGAAAUGGAAGUAGUUUCUUCGGAAUCGUUCUUAGAAUGGAUCGCUGAGAAGUACAGAGAUUUCGGUACAACACUAGAGUUCGUCUCAGACAGAUCCAGUGAGGGUAACCAAUUCGUCAAGGGCUUCGGUGGUAUUGGUGGCCUCUUGCGCUACAAGGUCAACUUUGAGCAAUUGGCCGAAGUUGAUGAUGAUGAUGAUUACUAUGACGGUAUGUUACAAUUUGAUGCCCUCGCAUCGGGCGAGGAGCCAACUCCAGUCGAACCGUCAAGCCAAAUUCUGUCACACCGCCCUGGUGCCGUGCAACAGACGACUCCAGCGCAGCCGGCUUCAGCUGGCGUGGGGCUCAGAGGGAACACAGGUAACACCCGUCCCAGCCCUCUCCGAUUGCUUCCGAAUAUCUGCCUCGGAUUCUCACGAUCAGAGAGCCAGCAAGCACACAAACCACGUACAAAGCAAAGCAACCAUGUUCCCCUUAAACCACCUUUUACUUUCAUGAUCACCGGAUCCGAAGAACCCGACAAUUACACCCACCUAAAUUGUGAUAAGGCCGCUCUUGGAUGCUUCGAUAAAGAAAAAUACGAGUACCAACCAGCCAUUGGAAUUCCAGAUGUUUUUGAAGCCGUCCAAUCGGGCAAGGCAGAGCUCGGUGUCGUACCUUUCGAGAAUUCUACCAAUGGAGCUGUGAUCUUUACCCUCGAACUCCUCGCAGAUCGUCAUGACUUAUAUAAAGAUGUUACAAUAUGCGGUGAAGCCUAUCUUGAUGUUAGCCACUGCUUGUUAGGUUAUGUUUCGAAAGCAGAUUCCCCAGUAAUGUCUGGCACUUGUACUCCAACUACCUCGACCCCUUCUCCAGUCAAGCCAAAGACAACACCGCGAUCUAGUCUCAAUCACAUCCAACGGAUUUACACCCAUCCACAAGCAUACGGCCAAUGCGAAGCAUUUCUCGGAACGUACUUGAAGGGAGUGGAGAGACUGGACGCCAGUUCUACAAGCAAGGCGGCUGAAAUUGUCAAAGCGGAUAAGACCGGUACAAGUGCUGCAAUAGCAAGUUCGCUCGCAGCGGAUGUUCAUGGAUUGGACAUUCUUGCAAAGGGAAUCGAAGAUCGUGAGGACAAUACCACAAGAUUCCUCGUUUUGCGCAAAGGCGUGGAUACAUCUGCGACGAAGGUUAACGUUGCGGCUAAGUCCAUGAUAACUUUCACUAUUGACCACCGGACACCAGGUGCACUCGCAGAUGUGCUGGAUUGCUUUAGGAGAUACCAAGUCAAUUUGACAAGUAUUAAUAGCCGUCCAACGAAAGUAGUUCCUUUCCAAUACAUAUUCUUCGUCGAGUUCGAGGGAAGUAAGCUGAGUGAUCCAGGGGGGAAAGUUGCUGGGGCAUUGGAUAGUCUCGAAAAAUACACAAAGAACUGGCGCUGGCUCGGGAGUUGGGAAGACAAACUUGUGGAUAGAAAGAACCUUUUCGCCAUUAAUCGCCCCUUAAUAUCAUCAACGCAUACUCGAAAGUCUUCGUUGCAGUCAAUUCUCCACAAGGAGCUUACUGCACGCCAACCCAACAUUAUUUACGAUUAUUUAACGCCAACUCCUUCUCAUCUUUUGAACAUAUCUCUUGAAGAUUUCAUUCCACCUUCAUGCUAUCCUGCCAACUUCACAGGCUCGGGUUCCGCACUUCCAUACGCUUCCAUACGCGGACGAGAUGAGUGCAGCGAUACAUCACUCCUCCCCCAGUCGCAUCAUUUAGUAUAUUUCUCUCCGCGAAUUUCUAAUAACGCGCUACUUCCGGAUGGCACAGAUCCUUUUCAGUCCCCAGGACCGCCAUUUGUGCGCUGCAUGUGGUCUGGUGGGUCUGUUAGUUUCAACACUACGAGUGAGAAGCAGCUUCGUCUUGACAACAUGCGAGCCGCGUGUAUAGAACGAAUCGUGGAUGUUUCGGUGAAAGGGAAUGAGGGUGAUGAGAAAGUGUUUGUAAACGUAGAGAGACGGGUUUGUAUUGCUGAUUUUGGAGAUGAUCCGCACACGAAUCCAGAUGAGGAGAGCGGCGCAAUCGCUUCUGGAAAGUACUCUGGUAAUGAUCAACAUUCUAUGGCUGACCAACGAUUAUUACGACAUUACCAUGUCGAUAACAACGACAACAUCGGACGAGCAUCUUUGGUGGAGUCGAGGAAUCUCGUCUUCAUGCGACAGGCCGUACUUCCUGCCAAAGGGUAUCUCGACAGGCCUCGAAAGAUCUUGAAGCCUACGCGCGAACCAGAUUUUGAUGUACGAAGAACACCCUCGCGAUCGCUUUUAUUCAGAUUUUCAGCCCUUACCUUUAACGCUCACCUGAUUCAUCUCGAUCCCCAACAUUGCCGGGAUAUUGAAGGGCACAGGAACCUACUCCUUCAUGGGCCCCUUUCAUUGGUCCUCAUGCUCUCCGUUUUGCGAUCACAACUUCGACCUGGAGAAAUGAUAAAAAAGUUCAAUUACAGGAACUUGGCUCCACUUUACGUAGAUGAAGAGCUAAGAGUUUGUGUGUGGAAGAAUACCAACGGAAACAGCAAAUACGAAGUGUGGAUUGAGGGAAAGGAAGGCGGAUAUGCCGUCAAGGGGUCUGCGGUUGUUGGACCCCUUGACAUUUGA